CUGUCUUCCAUCUCUAUGCUAAAAAGUAUUGUUUUGAGUUGUUUAUAUUUUUAGCAAUGGGCGGAAAAAGUUACUUUUGUGAUUACUGUUGUUGUUUUAUGAAAAACGAUUUAAAUGUGCGAAAACUGCACAAUGAUGGCAUCUCCCACACAAUUGCAAAAACAAAUUAUAUGCGGCGUUAUGAUGAUCCCAAAAAGAUAUUGACCGAAGAGCGGCGAAAAAUACCUUGUAAUCGUUACUUAGCUGGCUACUGUAAAUUCGAUCUGUUUUGCAAGUACUGUCAUUAUAGUGAAAAGGAGUUAAAGGAACUGGAAAAAAUAGUUCUGACAAAAAAGAAGUCACGCUCCCGAAAGAGAGGUAAAUCUAAUCAAUGGCCCUGGAAAACUCAUUCGCAGACAGGAUUACCUCCUUCUUUACAGAACAUAAAUUUAGCCAAGCUCAGAGAAACUAAUUUUGAGCUAAACUGGGGUUAA